GGAGGAUAAUAAACCCAUGUGAUGAAUGUGUUUCUCUGCAGCUCCAUGUGGUGUUUUUGUCCCGAUGAAGAACUUAACGCGAAUAUAUAUUUAGGUUAAAUAUCGCUAGAUUUUAGUUAAUUUGUUAAUGUACUUAAGCAUCUUGAUAUUUUUCGAUAACCAGCUAAUGUACAGUUAGCGGGAGUCACGUGGAUUGACCAGACGUUCUGCCCAGUUUGCAUCCAGUUAACAGUAACAGAAAGACUUCCAGUGGAAACACGUUGUAUGGACACAAUGGGUGAAAGCGAGACUGAAGAAUCUGAGUGGACCAAGGAAAACCUCCAGAAGCUUCUUGCUGUGAUGAAAACCAGCAUCCCAGAAAAUGACAGAAAGCAGGCAUAUACCAGCGGACUGAAAACCAUGGACUGGAACAAGGUGGCUUUCCCCCCUUUCUCUCCUGAAGCAUGCAAAGAAAAGUGGGGACAGAUUUUGCAGAAAAUGGUUAAGACUCGGACCCUCACAGAGCUCCUCGUUGAAGCUGAAGGUGUCAUUUCAAAUCCUGGCAAGAACAUGAUGAUCCAUCCAGAGCGCCCAAAGAGACCUGCCCCUCCAAAUGCCAUCUUUUUAGAGGAAAAUAGGGCCAAGUAUCUCAAGAAGCACCCCAAUAUGAGCCGCCAAAAGGUAUUCAAGAACCUAGUCAAGAAGUACCAGAAGCUCCCAGAUGAAGAGAAGGCUCAAUAUAUGGAGAAAUUUCAGCUUGCAACUGAGGAAUACAAACGAAGGAUGGAGAUGUUCAGUAAACAAUAUACAACAAGUCCCAAGUACAAGACCAAGCGGAAGAGGCUCUCUGCAAACAUCAAAGCUGUAAGGGCUCGACCUCCCAUCUUAAAGAAGGUUACGAAAGAAACAGAAGGCAUGCCUCUCCAGCCUCCUUUAAGUGGAUAUAGACUAUACUGCAAAGAGCAGCGUACUUCCAAGAAGGGUUUGGAAGGAAAUAAUUGCGUAUCUAUGUGGGCACAAGGUUGGCGAGAUAUGACUGAGGAACAGAGGAUCACGUUCAACACGCGCAGUGCAGAGUUGAAGAGACAAUACACUGUCGAGCUGAAUGAAUAUCUCAUGAAUUUUGACAAGGAGAAGCAGCAGCAGAUCCUAAAGGAGAGCGGCGUCAAAAGACCUAAAGAUUCUCCGGGCAUUAAGAGAAAAGAGAAAAUUCCUGGGGAGCCCAAAAUGCCAUUUCAGUGAGCAUGAUCGUCAUACAUUUGUACCCUUAAGAUACACAGCAUUUAUUCAAACAAAUCAAACUCUCGGUUGUCUACCUGCAGACCAACUUGUGACUGAACAUUUCUUUAC